AUGGUAGGAAAGCAGGACAGGAGGCAUUUUUUCCUAGUGUGUUUCAACUUUCUUGGAUUGAUAUUGAACACAGUCCCAGUGUUGUGUGACCAUUUUAGAGGAGGAACUAUCAGUUGGAGAGUAACUGGUGCCAACACGCCGGUUAAUUUCCGUUUCCGACUUGCGUAUGGUAUAGGAAAGGGCCCCGGGUGUAACAAAGGACUCAUUGGCAAAUCUGUUACACAAUUGCCAAACGACUUCUGGGAGUGUUCAAGAGGAUGUCCCUCCGUUCGAAACAUUACGGACGUCAACUAUGUUUGUAGUUCAAUAGACCUUGUAGAAGCAUGGGAACAGGGCCAGGAUAACUUUAAAUACACAAUUCCAACGACUGAUCCUUUUACGGUGGCUUACACUGGACGAACAUGGCUGAAUGUGAGCUAUGGGCAGUCUGGAGAUUUCCACCUUCAGACCACCGGCGAUUUGAGAAUACGAAGUGAUACUGGUCAGCCGAACUCCAGUCCACUGACCGCCAGUAUGCCAAUCUAUCAGGUUCCAUUUGGAUGUAAAAGCGCAAUAACUAUACCAAUAGCGGACCCGGAUGAUGACGUAACGGUGUGUCGGUGGGCAGUUGGUGCAGAAUGCGGCACGGAUUGUCUUGGUUUACCAGCGGGUACACUAAAACAGUCACCCUGUCGGAUAGAGCUAGAGCCUGAUGUUCUCUCCGGUUUUGUCGAGAAUGGCUGGUAUAAAGUGCUGAUGAUGGUAGAAGAUUUACCAAAAACGGACAUUUUUCUGGACAAGAAUCUCACACUAAGGACAAGUGUUCUCAGUACCGUCCCUCUACAGUUUGUUGUGCACACGAUCAAGUUUACCUCACCGUCUCCGUGCAAUAUCGCUCCAUCGAUUGUUCCACCAACACCAUUACACGGGAAAACUAUCCUGGUCCCGUCAAAUGACACGCUGGUCUUAAGACUGUUUGCAAUGAGUUCGAAACCAUACAUAAGAAUAAAAGAGUUCAUCGUUUCCACGCCAUAUGGCGUCACUUUGUCGCCAUUGAACCUCGACAUAAAUCGAACAGAUGUAUGGUAUAGCGAGUUGUCAUGGAAGCCUCACCAAAGUCAAUUUGGAGAAAAUAUAUUUUGUUUCCAAGCCGUCGACACAAAUAACAUGACGAGUCCCCAGCGCUGUUUUACUUUCGUUGCUGAAGCCGUCCAUCCAUGUGACAGUGGACCUUGUCUUAACAAUGGAACCUGCUCCCUGGAUCUGGACACGUACAAAUGUAGCUGUCCAACUGGUUUCACGGGUAGAACAUGUGACACAGAUAUAGACGAGUGCUCCAGCAAUCCUUGUCUUAACGGCGGUACCUGUUGGAAUCGUAUUUCGGAAUUUGUUUGCUUUUGUCCAUCUGGCUUCAUUGGAAGGCAGUGCCAAGAUACUGAUAAUUGUGCAAUCAAUUCAUGUCAGAACUUUGGCACGUGUAUGUCCUCGCCAGCUGGCUUCAACUGCACUUGUUUAAGUGGAUACAUGGGAAACGCAUGCCAAUACGAACAAGAUGAGUGCAGUUCUCUCCCUUGUCAGAACGGCGGCACGUGCGAAGACAUGGUUGGGGGAUUUCUUUGUCGUUGUCCGGUUAAAUACACAGGAACCACGUGUCAAACAGAAAUCGACUAUUGUCAUCCUAAUCCAUGUUUAAAUGGAGGGGCAUGUACCAGACACGGCAGCAGCUAUUCUUGUGAUUGUCCAGGAAAUUAUCUAGGACUCAACUGCGAGAGACCUCAAAACAAGGGAUGCUCCUCUCCAGAAGAAUCGUACUGUAUGUGUAACGUCGACGGAAAACCAGUUAAGGUUCCAGUUCCAGUUCCCGAGGCUCGGACAAAUGGACUGGACAAGGAGGAUUUAGUAGCUGGAUUGAUAGGAUUUCCCAUUGGUACGGCAGUUGGAGCUAUCAUGGCCGCAUUAUGGCACUACCUUAUCAGGCCCAAGUGUCAUGACAGGGGAGGCUAUACUCGACAGCCUCAGAAGCGGCCAGGGUCGUCAUUGUCUACUCGUAGUCUGAUAGGUCGGACGUCGCCAGUCUCGCCGAGUGACGUCGGAACCUCCGUCAUCCCUCCGCAACCUCUUAAUGUUUACAGAGCGGCAUUUAAGGAUCCGACAAGCCACAGGACUGGCGUUAGACUCAGCGAUGAUAGUUAUCUAGAUGGUGUCAGGGAUUGGCCGACUUAAGUUCAACAUUUUUUUCAUAAACAGGAAAUAUGUUUCUGUUGUGUCUUGACUUGAUGUUGGGAAAUAUGUCUAAAAACAAACAUUUUAAUAUAUCACGAUAUAUAUACUUGACCUUUUUGUCCUUUAACAA